AUGUCGCUGAUUCCAAGUUUCUUCGGUGACCGAAGGAGCAAUGUCUUCGACCCUUUCUCCCUCGACGUGUGGGAUCCCUUCAAGGACUUUCCUUUUCCCAAUUCUGUUUCUGAAUUUUCUCGGGAAAAUUCUGCAUUUGUGAGCACCCGAGUGGAUUGGAAGGAGACCCCAGAAGCUCACGUGUUCAAGGCUGAUAUACCUGGUCUUAAGAAGGAGGAAGUGAAGGUCGAGAUUGAAGAUGACAGGGUUCUUCAGAUAAGCGGUGAGAGGAACGUCGAGAAAGAAGACAAGAACAACACGUGGCAUCGCGUGGAGCGUAGCAGUGGCAGGUUCCUUAGAAGGUUCAGAUUGCCAGAGAAUGCCAAAGUUGAUCAAGUGAAAGCUGCUAUGGAAAAUGGGGUUCUCACUGUCACUGUUCCCAAGGAAGAGGUCAAGAAACCUGAUGUUAAAGCCGUACAAAUCUCUGGUUAA